AUGAAUUCAUCUCCGUCAUCAUCAAUAUUAACAACAUCUUUAUCAAAAAAAUCAUCUUCAUUAUCAAAUAAUCAACAACAACAACAACAACAAAAUCCAAUAUUAGCAAGAUAUUUGAAUACUCCAAUAAAUUUUAAAAUUGCAAAAAAUCAGGAAAAUUUAAAUAAUUUAAAUCAAUUACCAACAAAUUAUAUAAUUUUAUCUAAAAAUAAAAAUUAUAAUAACUUCAAUAAACAAAUGCAACAAAAUGGAGAAGUUAAAAAUGGAUCAAUAAAUAAUAAAAAAUUUGAUAAAAGUUUGAAUUCUCUAAAUAGACCUAAAUCUAUAGCUGAAGCUGUAGCGCAAUAUACUGGAAAUAAAUAUGAAACAAAAUCAAAAUCAAAUAGAAAGAAAAGAAAAUUAGAGCAAUUACAACAACAAGAACAACAAGAACAGACCUUGCCAAAAAAUAAAAACAAAAGACUCAAAGUUUCUUCCAAGUAUUCAUCCGAAGAAGAGGAUGAAAUUGAUAUUGAAAUAAGUGAAGAUAAUGACAAUUCCGAUAACAACGAAAUAGCGGGGGAAGAGGAAGUAAUUGAUGAUGAUUUUAGUAGGAAUAAAAAUAUACAACACCAAGAUAAGAAACCAAAAAGUUUGUGGGGAUCGUUCAAAUCAAUUCUAUUCAAUGGGAUGAAUUCACAAAAUGAUACAGAAGAAGAUUUGGGAGAAGAUUUAGAAGAAGAGCUUAUAGAAGAUGACCAAACAGAGGAACAAAUAGAAGAUAAUAGAGUAAUUAACAAUGAUCAAGUAUUUCAAAGUCUACUUAAAGUUGGAAAAGAAGAACAAGAAUCAACAUCAUCAGGCUCAUCACCUGGGGAAAUAUUUUCAGAAAAUUCGCCAUUUACAGGUUUUAGUGAAGCAGAAAAAAGUGAGGAUAAUGAUGAAGAAUAUAAUGAAGACGACGAGGAGGAAGGUGAGGAUGAAAAUUCAUUAUCAUCCGAUGACGAAAGUUAUAAUGAAGAAGAUUUAAAAGCAGAAGAGAAAGAUUUAGAAGAAGAGUCAAAAGAAAAUACACCAAUAGUUGAAACUGAAGAAGACGAGGACUUGAAUAUAAAUAAAUUAAGACAUGAUUUAAAAAUGGACGAAUUAUUAAAUGGAAGUAAUAGUGCUAAAUUCAGCAGUAGUAAUGAAGAUGAUAGUAAAGAAGAUGACGAUGAAGAAGAAGACAUUUAUGAAGAUAAUAAAUCAAAUGAUAGAAAAUCAAUUACAUCCAGAAAAUCGAAUUCAACCCCACCAACAUCACCAGAAGAAGACGUCAAUAUAUCAAUAAAAGAUAACACAGAUAAUGAAUCAAUGAAAUCUUUCAGUACAACCACAACUGAUGACUUAUCAAAUUUUUAUAAAAUCAAUGAAUUGAAUUCAGAUAGAGGUUCAAAUGGUUCAAAAAGAAUAUAUAAAAACUGGAGAGAACUAAAAGAUCAAAAGCCACCAAUUGGUUUAUUAAAUCAUGGAGUCACUUGUUAUAUGAACUCAGCAAUACAAUCAUUAAUACACAUACCUGCAAUGCAACAUUAUUUAAAUGACGUAUAUAAUGAUACUUUGACUAAUAAUGGAAAAUUGACCACUAACUAUAUAAAACCAAGGUCAAUAACUCAUGCAUUGGCAGAAUUGUCUAAAAAGAUGUGGAAUCCAGUACCAACGAAUUUAAAAAAUGGGUAUAUAAAUCCCAAAAAGAUAAUUACAAGAUUGGAUGAAAUCAAUUGUAUGAUGAGUGAAUGGCAACAAGAAGAUAGUCACGAAUAUUAUAUGAGUUUAAUUUCAAGAUUACAAGAAGAUUCCACUCCUAAAGGUACAAAAUUAAAUAAACUGAUAAUUUAUGAUAUUUUUGGAGGUUUAUUAAAUCAAAAAAUAACAUGUAUGAGAUGUAAUAAUGAAUCUAUAACAAAACAAGAAUUUUAUGAUUUAUCAUUAGGAUUGAACAAGAAGAAAUAUAAAAACAAUUACAAAUUUUCAAUAGAAAAAUCAAUAUUUGAUUUUUUCAAUAAUGAAAUUUUAAAAAUUCAAGAAAAUGAUAAAAAAUCAGGUUAUUACUGUGAAACAUGUAAAAAAUUUACAUCAGCAAAUAAAAAAUCUACCAUUGAAAGAUCACCAGAAAUUUUAACUAUUCAUUUAAAAAGAUUUAAAUUUAAUGGUAAUUCAUCUUCAAAAGUAAAACAAAGUAUAAAUUAUUCAGAAUAUCUCAAUUUAAAUAAAUACUUAUUAGAUCCAAAUGAACAAGCACAAUAUCAAUUAAUAUCAGUAAUAGUACAUGAAGGUAGAUCAAUAUCAAGUGGUCAUUAUAUAACUCAUGUUUUACAACCAAAUGGUGUUGAUUGGUGUACUUAUGAUGAUGAAUAUAUUAAUAAAAUAGAUGAAAAGAAAGCUUUUAGUGAUCCAAAUGCGUAUGUUUUGAUAUAUACUAAAUUAACACCGAAAUAA